AUGGGUGUGGUCGUACCUAAUCAACCCGCGGCUAGGGUCACUAAGCAUGGAGACGUCGUGGAUUCUGGAGCGGAGGAUCACAACACAAAGCUGACACGGAUGCAGGUGGAGCACUACGGCAUGAAGAGGGAUCUUGCGAUCUGGAAAGCAGCAGUCACCGCCGUCGGAGCGGCGAUGGGUUACAGUGUCGAUCAGCUCCUUGCAGGAGCUGCACACGUCUUGCAGGCGCAAGGUUUUGAAGGGGGCGCGGCGACACCUGGGGGCAGCCAGUCCACUGCACCCUCCACCCCCAACCCCCGUGCAGCAGCGCGGCCUUGCACUACCGACAGCCCCAGUUCCAAAGGAGGAUCUGCUGAGAGCGUAGCACUGGACGGUGCAGGCAGUGGCAUAGUCGAGCUAGGGGUGGUUCAUCCCAGCCCCUGCGCGCUACCCGUGCCUGCCGCUCCGAGGUGGUCGAUAAAUGGCACAGAGGGAAGUAUGCAUGUCACGCACCAGGCAGAGCCGGCGGUGGCUCAUGCAUGUGGAGCAAGGCCUGUGGUGCUGGCUAUGCCGGCAAAGAGGAAACGAGAAGACCCGCAUGCGUCGGGGGCGGAUGCUGAGGGCGGCGCUACUGCUUGCAAGAGCAAGGGUAAGGGACAGGGUCGUAGUUCACAGUACAAGGGUGUGCGCAGGGAGAAGCGCGGUAGGUGGAGCGCCAAGAUUCUGUUCCGAGAGAAGAAUAAGAAGAAGCGGACGCAGAUGAGGCUAGGUGCGUACAAUAAGGAGCUGGAGGCUGCCACGGCGUACGCAGCAGCGGUGCACGUGGUCAAAGAUGGUAAGCGCGUGUCAGGCACAGUGGAGCUGACGGAUGAGGAGAAGGUGGACUGCACGGAGGAGGAGACAGCAGGGGACGGCGAUGAGCACUCUGACUCGCAAGACGAUGACGCGGGGGAUGCAGCCGGAUGUGCCGUGGAGGAAGGAGAUGAGGUGAUUGAGUUGGAUGGGGAAGGGUUGGGCGACGCAGAGGGAACGGCCCGGCGGGGCACACCCCCAGAACUCAAUGAGGACGCUGCUGCAGCGAUGGGUGGUGUGGCUAGUGCGGCCCAUGGUGCAUCGCAAGUCUCGCCGAAUGCGGCGGUCGCGUCUAGCGUCGGUGCGGGCGAUGAGGAUGUGGGUAGCGAUGGCGAAGGGGAGGCUGCGCCUGUCCGAUCCAAGGCUGUUGCCUCCGUUAUGGCCGAAGAGCCUAGCGCGGCAAAAGGGAAGGCUGCGGCGUCUCCGCUUAAACCAGUGGCUGACAACCCCUUUGAGGCAAUGCCCUGCGCAUCUGCGCAGCCGGCAAGUGGAUCUCGUCGGGAUGAGACGGUUGCCGAUGACGCCGUCGUGAUUAGCCGCGCCGACCUCGAGGCGCUGAAGACGGCGAGAGACGAGGGCGAGCGCCGGAUUGCGCGGCUAGAGGCGCUGCUGCUGGCCAUAAACGACAGGGAAACGCAGAACAAGAGGCCGAGGGGUCCGAGGGAGGAACGGGCGCAAGGAGAUGCGCGGCCGCGCAAGCGCAGGCAGGUCGAAUCGGGCUCGGAGGACGCGACAUCGGAGGAGGGAGAGGAAGAAGAUGCGGAGGCGGAGCCAGUGAGGGCACGCCGUGUGGUCCGGCGGCGCCAGAUGACAGUCUCGAGCUCACCCAUACUUCAGGAGGCAUUUGAUUUCCUGCCGUCCGGCAAAGCAUGGAAGGUUACCGACACGGUUCUUAACUGGGACAAGCUCAAGGCCCGCCUAUCAAACUCUGCUGGUGGCAACGCGAAGGUGGUGAACGGCCUCCACCAGGUCGCCGAGGGGGCAAUGGCGCAGGCGAUCCAAGACUUCAAGCCCAAGUACGAUGCUGAUGCCCAGGCGUGGGUAUGGGGGGAGCACGGGCUGAUGCUGUCCUCGUGCGGGCUAGAGCACUUGAUUCCAGGCCGUUACGCGCAGAGGGCGCCAAUCGUGGAAGCCGGUGCCCUUUUUCGCGAUGUUGUCCUCAUCGGCACGUUCGAAUGCGCCGGCAGUCACGCGACGCGGCUGCAGGCGGAGCAGCCGGACGACGGAUGUAAUCCCAUUAAUCUCACCGCGCCUGGCAUUCAGAGCGUUAGCGUUCCUGCGUUGGAUCCGGCGGCAAACGUGGCGUUAAAUCCGGCAGCGUCAGUUGCGGCGGAAGUUGCGGCAGAAACGCCGUUGGGUGGUUAUUGCCUGGGAAAUGAAGAGACAUGUGUGCCGAGUCGCUCCGGUUCUCGUGAGCGGGACGCGCGGCGGAUUAAUGUUGCCGUCAACGACUCGCUUGUAGAUGAUGAUAACAGCUCCACCAUUAAUGGCAAUAGCGUAAGCCGCGACAGCAGCAGCGGCGGCGGCGGCGGCGGCGGCGGCGGCGAAAGCAGCGAGGCGGAGGUGGCGCGGCGCGUGAGCGAGCGAAUGAUGGCUUUAAUCGCGGAGGGACGCGACCAGCUGGAAGGCGACCGGCUCUUAGAGGCUGUCGCCACAUACGACGAGGCGGAGCGGCUAUUGCGGCGGCUGUACGAGCGACUGCAGCACGGGAGAGGCAUGGCCAAGUCGCUGCUGCACAUGCACGAGCCGGCUGUUGCGGACUUUGAGCAGGCAGUGACCGCCAACCCCAGCAACGCGCGGCUGUGGAUGGAGGCAGUGAGCGCCAACCCUGGCAGUGCAAAGCUGUGGAAAGAGGUGACUGCCCCAGGCAACCCACAUCUUAUCACAAAAUGUGCUUCUCUGGCUUCUCCUCCCAUACAGGCAGUCAGCGCCAACCCUGGCAGUGCAGAGUUGAGGAUGGAGGCAGCGAGCGCCAAUCCCGACAGUGCAGAGCUGUGGAUGGAGGUGGGGGUGGAGCGUGAGGCGCUGGGACACCACGAGAGGGCGCACGAGGCGUUCAGCUGUGCCCUGCUGCUGCAACCAGGGAAUGCGGAGGAGCUCAAACGGCGAGGGCUGAGCGCGUUCAACUUGUAUCGCUUCAAGGACUCUCUCAAAGAUCUGCUGCCCGCGCUGCACAUGCUGCCGAACGACGCCGACCUCAACCAAGCCGUGGGAAUCGCAUUGGUGCGGUUGAACCAGUUCCGGGCGGCACAGCCGUACCUGGCUCGGACGGUGGAGCUGCUCCCAUUGGAUGCGGACCUGCGCAAGGAGAAGGGGCGCCUGCACCGCCUGCUGGGGGAGACCGACCAGGCUGAGAGGGACCUCCUGCUCUCGCUCCAGCUCGGACACCUCCCUAAACCCGAACCCUAA